GUUUGAAGACAAAAGAUGCCUGAUCAGCACCGUACGACAGGCCUGAGCUCCUACAUCCUCCUCGUCCAGUAACAGUACGUUAAUGGUUGCAACUGGCUGCCCCAGCCUCCAUUACUGCCCUCGCAGACACAGCCUGAUGAUCAGCGGUGCCAUGGGAGCGGUGAGGGUCAACAGAUACAGCAUUGUUUCCACUGAUGAAGAUGCCUUAAAGAUAUCCAGCUUGGGUCUCCACAAUGGCCACAGUCCUCUGACUCAGCAGAACCUAUCAGGGGCGUGCAUUCGGGGUGAGGACGGAGGGGGAGAGUAUUUAGGAGGUGAAGAAGCUCAUGGGGCUUUGCCUUUGAGGAUGACCAACGAGCCAAUCAUCCACAGCAGCUGUCGCUCCUCACCUUUGUGUCGUCUGGACCUUGAUCUCAGCACCGGACGGCUGCGCAGCCGCUUCGUCAAGAAGAAUGGCCAAUGCAACGUGGUUUUCAACAACAUGGAGGGUAAAUCACGAAGAUACCUGGCUGAUAUUUUCACCACUUGUGUAGACAUACGCUGGCGUUACUUGCUGCUUAUCUUUACCGCCACCUUCCUUCUGUCCUGGCUGCUGUUUGCUUUCAUUUUCUGGGGAGUGGCUCUUGUUCAUGGAGACUUUGAGCUGCAGCUCCCUGUAGCAGAUGAGAAUCCUAGAAGUAAUCCAGAGGAGGCCAAAGAUAAAAGGCGUCCAUGCAUUCUCCACAUCCAGGGGUUCAUUGGGGCUUUCCUCUUCUCAAUAGAGACCCAGACCACUAUUGGAUAUGGCUUCCGUUGUGUCACCGAGGAAUGUCCGAUUGCUGUUGUGACAGUAGUAGUGCAGUCCAUUGUUGGCUGUAUAAUUGACUCUUUCAUGAUCGGCACCAUCAUGGCAAAGAUGGUUCGCCCUAAAAAGAGGGCGCAGACCUUGGUGUUCUCUCAUAACGCCGUCAUCGCUCUGCGAGAUGGUAAGCUGUGCCUCAUGUGGCGCCUGGGGAACAUGCGUAAGAGCCACAUUGUUGAAGCCCAUGUGCGUGCUCAGCUCAUCAAAGCGCAUGUGACGGCGGAGGGUGAGUACCUUCCCUUGGAGCAGACAGACAUCGACGUCGGCUAUGACGACGGACUAGAUCGGCUGUUUCUGGUGUCCCCGCUGGUUGUGGUCCACGAAAUCAACAAAAACAGUCCUCUGUAUAACCUGAGCCGCUGCGACCUGCAGAAGGAGGACUUUGAGAUUGUGGUCAUAUUGGAGGGGAUGGUGGAGGCGACAGCCAUGACUACACAGGCCAGAAGCUCCUACUUGGCCAGGGAGAUACUUUGGGGUCACCGCUUUGAGCCAGUGGUGUUUGAAAAGGGUGACCGCUACCAUGUGGACUAUUCUCGCUUCCAUAAGACUUACGAAGUGCCAUCUACACCUCACUGUAGUGCCAGAGAACUGAGCCAGAGGAAGGGCCACAGUGGUCACUUGUCCUCCUCCAGUUCAAGCUUCUCCCGAUCUCCGUCACUUUUCGCUCCGAGAGCAGCAAGACGUUUGCAGGGAUCUCACUCUCCCAGUGCUUUCUGCUAUGAGAAUGAAGUAGCUCUGUGCUGCGGAGACGACGCAGAUGAUGAGGAAGCAGAUAAGGACAUGGACAGCCUCAAAGCAGGAAGUAAAAGGGAGAUCAAAAUUAGAGAUGACAUUCACUUGGAUUUCAAAGGGGCAUUUGUGAAAGAGCAAACAGUGGAGAUGCUGUGUGUUCUGGACUCAGAAAACCAGAUCAGCCUGGAUAGACUCCAGCCGACUCUUCCUUUAUACAUCAGCAGAGAAUCGGGAGUUUAACCACAAUUUCUGCCUUUUUUGUUAUUGUCUGAUUCAACCAAAGUAUUGAACUGAUUGAAAUUCAAGAUAUAAGAUGCAUGAUGUGAGAAAGCGUUGUAUUUUUCUAGACCUGGAAUAAGUUUUGGCUCUAUAUAACAUUUACCAAUUUCAUUUAUAAAAUACAUGUAGAUGCCAGUCAGUGCUCCUUUACUUCUAAUUGUGGUGACCAAGUAUUUAUUUCCACAAAUGUAAAUGUAUUUCCUGAUCCGUUCAGUAUUAUUUGUGCUUGAUCUGUUUCACAAACCGAAUAUUUUUCUUGUCAAUUUGCAUUUUUUUUUUGUAAAUAUUUGCUUUUAUUAAUUUAUCUCAGAUCUUUUCAGAUCUUAGGGCAGAAUUUUAACUUAUUAUUUGCUAUAAUGGCAAGAAAGCACAAAAUCCUUUUCUAGAUUAUCUGCUUUUUAAAAUUCUGUCUUUAAUGCGACUAUUUGCGGAUCAAUCUACUUUGUUUCUAAGUGACCAAACGCAAAUAAGUUAUAUAGUGCAGAAAAAGAGACUUUAAAGUUAAACCUGUACGAAUGAAGAACAAGCACUUUAUUCUAUUGUUAUCAACAAAAACAAACAUUUUGUUUUGUUUUUGUUUGAUCAAAGCAUCCAUUAAACAGCAGUUUGUAAUGUUCCAGUUUUCUCUCUGCCUCUUUUUACCGUUGCCCUCUAGUUUUACUCAGGUGUUUACCUUCUGCUUAGUACAGUGGGUAGCACUGCUGCUUUGCAACCAGAAGGUUCCGGGUUUGAUUCCAGUCCUGAGUUUUUCUGCAUGGAGUCUGCAUGUUCUCCCUGUGCAUC